AUGGCAGUCGCCGACGACGAGAAAAAGCGCGGCUCGCUGCGUGGACCGCAAGACGUUCCCGCAGAAGCUCCCGCGUGGCCCAAGGAGCAGGACGCUCAGCUUCGCGAUGCGACGCCCGACCUGGAAGAAACCCCCAGGUGCCCGGCGCACACGACCGAGAAGCGACUGAUGAUGAAGAUUGAUCUUCACGUCAUCCCCUUCUUGUGCAUCAUGUACCUGCUGGCCUUUCUUGAUAGAGUAAACAUCGCCAAUGCCAGGCUUUUCAAACUGCAGGAGGAUCUCCACAUGGCCAGCGAGCCCUCCAAGUUCAACACCGCCAUCGUCAUCUUCUUCGUGCCCUAUGUCCUGUUCGAGAUCCCCUCCAACAUCCUGCUCAAGAAAUUCAAGCCCUCCACCUGGCUGUCGUUGAACAUGUUCCUGUUCGGGUUGACAACCAUGAUGCAGGGCCUCGUCCAGAACUAUGCUGGUCUCUUGACCACGCGCUUCUUCCUGGGAUUGUUCGAAACGGGCAUGUUCCCUGGUGCUUUCUACCUCAUUGGAAUGUGGUAUCGCCGCCACGAAGCGCAGCGUCGCUACUCAUUCUUCUUCAACAGCACCACCCUUGCCGGCGCCUUUGGCGGCCUUCUCGCCGCCGCCAUCGGCAAGAUGAGCGGCUUGCGAGGGUACAGUGGCUGGCGCUGGAUCUUCAUCCUGGAAGGCGGCCUGACCGUGCUCGUCAGCUUCUUCUUCUACUUCUUGCUGCCCAACUUCCCCGAGCAGGUCAAGUGGCUCGACGACGACGAGCGCCAGUACGUGGCGGCCAAGCUCCGCCUCGACCAAGGGAAGGCCGGCCUGGAGCGCAGCAUCACGCCCCGCGACGUGGCCAACGUCUUCAAGGACUACAAGGUCAUUGUCGGCGGCGUCAUGUACUUUGGGCUGAUUGUCCCGGCGUACGGCUACGCCUACUUUGCCCCGUCCAUCAUCAACAGCUACGGCUACGACGCCAUCGAGACGCAGCUGCGCAGCGUGCCGCCGUGGGUCGCCGCCUUUGGCUUCUCCAUGAUGUGCGCCUUCGUCUCCGACAAGCUGAGGCACCGCAUGGCCUUUGCCGUCCUGGCCGUCGCCGUCGCCGUCGCGGGCUUCUCCAUCCUCCGCGCCGUCCACCGCAACACGGACGCGCAGUACGCGGCCUUGUUCCUGGCCGCCAUGGGGGCCUACACGGCCAUGCCCGUCAUCGUGUGCUGGUUCAACAUGAACCUGGGCGGCCACCACAGACGAGCCGUCGGCAGCGCCUGGCAGGUCGGCUUCGGCAACCUCGGCGGCAUCGUGGCCGCCUUUGUCUUUGAGCAGCAGAAAGGCGCCAAGGCCGACUUCAACGUCGGAUACUCGUGCUGCAUCGCGUUUUGCUGCCUAUCCGUCCUGGCGUGCUGCGUCUACGGAUUCGGGUGCUGGAAGGCGAACAGGGACCGCAGCGAGGGGAAGCACCGCGCGGGGCAUCUGUCCGAGGAGGAACGCUUGGAUCUCGGCGACUUGAAUCCCAGUUACCGAUAUCUUUUGUAG